CUCAAUCCUCUUCCUCCCAAGCUCCACACAAAAAAAAAAGAAAAAAAAAAUCAUGUUGAGUUUCUUACACGCGCCAAUGGCUUACACAAUCCCGUCUUCUGCUUCUUCCCAAUCUGUUCGAAGACCGAGGACCUUGAAGCUCAGUUGCGGCGCUUUGGGUGCCAAAAACUCUGCUAAAAUCCCCAUGCCUCCAUUAAACCCUAAGGACCCUUUUCUUUCGAAGCUCGCUUCCGUCGCCUCUUCCUCCCCUGAAGCGCUUCUUAACCGUUCGGUUAAUCCCGAUGCGCUCCCGUAUUUGGACUUGCUUGACACUCCCAAGCUCAUGGCUGCUCCCGCUGAAGUGGGAAGAUCAGUGUCGUACAAUCCCAGGCCGAAAACGCCUCCGCCGGACUUACCUUCAUUGCUUCUUGACGGUAGAAUAGUUUACAUUGGCAUGCCGCUUGUGCCUGAAGUAACGGAGCUUGUGGUUAUGGAAAUAAUGUAUCUUCAAUGGAUGGAUCCCAAGCAACCAAUAUAUCUUUACAUAAAUUCUACAGGAACAGCUCUUGAUGAUGGUGAACCGGUUGGACUGGAGGCUAAUGGUUUUGCCAUCUAUGAUGCACUUAUGCAGAUAACAACUGACGUGCAGACACUUGGUCUUGGGGCUGCUGUCGGUCAAGCUUGUCUGUUGCUUGCAGCAGGAACUAAGGGUAAACGGUUCAUGAUGCCUCAUGCCAAAGCUUUGAUCCGGCAGCCUCGUGUCCCUUCAGCUGGGUUGAUGCCAGCAAGUGAUGCUCUUAUACGUGCCAAAGAGGCAAUAAAAAACAGGGACACACUUGUGGAACUUCUGGCCGAGCAUACUGGAAAUUCAGUAGAGACGGUAGCCGAAGCGAUGAAAUCACCAUAUUAUAUGAAUGCUAGCAAAGCUAUAGAGUUUGGGGUCAUUGACAAGAUAAUUUGGCGUGGUAAGGAAAAGCUAAUGGCGGAUGUUGCACCUCCUGAGGAGUGGGCCAAGAAUGCUCGCAACAGAGUCCGGGGUGGCUUUUAGUAACUGGGUGGUGAACACCAGUCAUUGAAGUCAUUAGCUAGAUCCAGUGGACUGUCUAUAUAACUUCUGUAUGAUCUUACAGAUUGUGAUAAUUUUGACACUGUUGAACAUUGUAAAAACCAUUUUCUUUAGCUCCUCGUAACGUGAAGACCAUGUAAUGGGAUUUGCCCUUUUUUUUUCUUCUUUCUUUUUGGGUUUUUGGGGCCCCAUGCUAUGAAAUGAUUGAAUCAAGUUGAACCCUGCAAAUUUUGGUAAAGCCAAUCCGCAGCCCCAACCAAUAGAUAGAUGGGCCCCUGCCCAAUCGGUGCUUGUUUAUACAAUAUAGUGUUCGAAAAAUAUUGGGAUAAUACCUUUUAUCGCUCUCAAACUAAAAUUUUUUUUAAUAAGAUACUUAAAUUUUAUUU